CGGGGUGAAAUCAGCAUCGCGUUUACUUAAAUAGUCCGUUUUUACGCCGAUGUAAGGCGGUGACAGCAACUUGGGUGCUUUAUCAGACACUCCAACAUCACCUCGCUUCUGUAAUGUUUUGCUGCGCUGCCAUUCACCGCUAAGGAAACGCCAGCCUCCAUGCAUUGGUAAUAGCUGUCAGCACUCUCAGCUAUAGAAGACCCGUCAGACCAUGAACUACGUGGGCCAGUUGGCAGGCCAGGUGUUUGUCCAGGUCAAAGAGCUGUACAGAGGCCUCAACCCCGCCACCCUUUCCGGCUGCAUUGAUGUCAUUGUAGUGAGGCAGCCCGAUGGAUCCCUGCAGUGCUCGCCUUUCCAUGUUCGCUUCGGCAAGAUGGGCGUCUUACGUUCCCGAGAGAAAGUGGUGGACAUGGAGAUCAAUGGAGAACCAGUGGAUCUACACAUGAAGCUUGGGGACAAUGGAGAAGCCUUCUUUGUGCAAGAAACAGAAAAUGAUCAGGAAGUGGUUCCCUCGUACCUAGCCACCUCUCCCAUCUUGUCAGAUGGGGCCAUCCUGAUGAGCUCCUCCCUGAUGGGGAAGAGCUCUGGGCCACCCAUACUGACCCUGGGCGCCACGGGGAGCGCCGGAGAGACUAGCGCUGUGAUGAUGAAGAAGAGGAGGAAGAGGAGGAGGAAGGCUCGGGCAGACAGCAUGAGGAGGGAGGAGAGCGGGGACUACUCCGAGGACGACGACAUGUUCACCAUAGACAUCAGCUCGUAUGAAGGGGAGGAGAUGGAGAGCAACAGGACUUCAUCUCGAGAUGUCUUAAGAGAUGAGACAACAGUCGGCUCUUUUAAACAGACUGGCAUGUACACUCGUUCAGACGGAGACUGGAGCCCUGUUCAGAGCCCUGGAAACUCUCGUCCCACCUCCCCCAAGAGCGACUCUGAACUAAUGACAAAGCCGUCAGACACCAACCAUCAGAAUCCAGCCAUGCACUGGGCGUGGGGAGAGCUGCCACAGGCUGCCACGCCGUCCUUUCUCCAAGUCAAAUCCGACCAUUCCCCAGUUUGCCCAGUAUCCAUCCCUGUGUCUGAAAGCACGCACUUCCGUGUGAUAACACAUGAGAUGUCUUCAGAACAGUAUGGACCCUGCUCUGAAAUGACAGAGGAGAACGCUGAGGAAACAGUCGGGAUGGAGUCAACUGCAAUGACAAUGCCUCGUCCACAAGGCAAGACAGACUCUCCAUCCAAGAGAAAAGACAAGAGAAGCCGCCAUCUUGGUUCUGAUGGAAUUUACCUGGACGACAUCACAGAGCUCGAGCCUGAAGUGGCGGCCCUCUAUUUCCCUAAGAGCGACGGUGGUGCGGCGGUGAGGAGCAUCUCCGACCCGGGCCUCCACAGCUCCAGUCUUUCCCCACAGUCGCUCAGCUCUGGAGGAGACAGCGGGGUGGACAGCUUCUGCGACCCCAUGGCUGACUUGCCGUCCAUCGCCAUCUCUUUGUGUGGAGGACUCACCGACAACAGGGAGAUCACGAAAGAGCAGUUCCACGAGAAGAUCAUCUCUUACCAGCAGUUCGCGGAAAACCCCUCCAUCAUCGACGACCCCAACUUAGUUGUGAAAAUUGGCUCCAAGUACUAUAAUUGGAGCACUGCGGCGCCACUUAUGCUCGCUAUGCAAGCCUUUCAGAAACCGCUGCCAAAGAUCACAGUGGAGAACAUCAUGAAGGAGAAGAUGCCCAAGAAAGGAGGGAGGUGGUGGUUCUCCUGGCGAGGCAGAAACAGCAGUGCCAAAUCUGAAUCAGCUUCUGAGCGUGGGGCCUGUGGCUCUGCUGAGCAGGCUGGCAAAAUGACAUGCAGACACAAAGAAGACUCGUCCUCUAGUGACGAAGACCACAUGGCAAACAAACAGAGCUCCCCUGCCAUCCAAUCAGAGUCCGGGCUCACCCCAGGGGGUGUGUCUUAUAAGAAAACACUCCGACUCACAUCAGAGCAGCUGCUGUCUCUCCAGCUGCAGGAUGGUCCUAACGAUGUUGUGUUCAGUGUCACCACUCAGUACCAGGGAACCUGUCGCUGUCAGGGCACCAUCUAUCUCUGGAACUGGGACGACAAGAUCAUUAUCUCAGACAUAGAUGGAACCAUCACCAGGUCAGACACAUUGGGUCAUAUCCUGCCCACGCUGGGGAAAGACUGGACCCACCAGGGCAUUGCACAGCUCUACCACAAAGUCAGCCAAAAUGGCUACAAGUUCCUGUACUGUUCGGCUCGAGCUAUUGGCAUGGCUGACAUGACCAGAGGUUACCUCCACUGGGUCAACGAGAGAGGCACCAUGCUUCCUAUGGGCCCCGUCCUUCUCAGCCCGAGCAGCCUCUUUUCAGCUCUGCACAGGGAAGUGAUCGAGAAGAAACCAGAGAAGUUCAAGGUGGAGUGUCUCACUGAUAUAAAGAACCUCUUCUACCCCAACACAGAGCCGUUCUAUGCAGCAUUUGGCAACAGACCAACGGAUGUGUAUUCCUAUAAGGAAGUAGGAGUGCCACUCAACAGGAUUUUUACCGUGAACCCUAAAGGGGAGCUAGUGCAGGAGCAUGCCAAGACCAACAUCUCAUCUUAUGUACGUCUGGGUGAGGUGGUGGACCACGUGUUCCCCCUGAAGAUGCGAGCCUACUCGUCAGACUUCCCCUGCUCGGACACCUUCAGCCACUUCACCUACUGGAGACAGCAGCUCCCCCGGGUGGAACAUCAGGGAACUACGCCUCCACAGACUCCCAGCCCCGGCAGCUGACUACCCGUGGCCUGCUGAGCGGCUCCUCACAGGCAGAGCACUGACUGAUGGUAUGCUUGAGAUGUAGCAGUCAUUUGGAUGGUUACGUGUGUGUGAUAUGAAUUUGUAGAUAUUUGUAGAAGAUGGAGCACUUUGAGUGCACAGCAGAGAGCAACAUAAAUAGGCUAAUCUGCAGCUAAUAAAGCACAUGACAGAUGGAAGCGCACUUUUAUGAAAAGACGGCCUCUGUAGCCUUCUGACUAGAUGUAUGUAUAUGAGUAAUUUAUUCAGGCAGCUUAGCACAUUAUGUUAUUUUUGAGUGAGUGUUAGUAUCAUUUUAGUAGCUAGACUUUCUAGGCUAUUCAUGCAGAGAGUUGCAUGCUGUAUUUAACAGACAGUAUACCUGUGGCAUCUGUUCAGAAGUGCGUCAUACAGAACACAACCAUACUGAGCAAGUUACGUCAACUUGUGCCAAAUAUUCAAUGUAGAAUUUAUUUUCUUACCCUGAAACUUCCCAGUCAAGACUGUUAUAGCUCCUGAGAACUUUAGAGCAGAAGUUACACUAUAAAAAUGCUUUAACGUUAUUAUUUGUUGUUGAGACAAAGUAAUUCUGACAAGGGAGGAGAACGCACAACCUUUCUAAUGGUCAUAAUAAUUGGUUUUGUCUAAAAAAUCAACAGUGUUUGUGAGAUGAAUUGCAGAAAAUGUUUAUUUUUCUAUUGUAAUCACACUCUGUGUAUAUGUUGUGGUCAGAAUGUAAAUUCUGUGGUGGCCAGUAGUUACAGUUUAUACAGUGACACAUUGAUCAUCUCGUCUAUGUGACUGUUCUGCUUCCUAUGAUUUAUGCCUAUUUCCAUUAAUGCCUUUAAGUAUGUUUUAUUUAUUCAUCUGAUUAGAUACUGAGUGAUAUAUGUGGCUUACGCUUGUGUGUUAACAUAACUGUCAUUUCCCUUGUAAUAUCACUUAUAGGAAAACUCAAAUCUGAAAAUCCCUUUUACACUGUCCACAGCUUAGAGAGGACAGCGGGCCACAGUAUUAAAAUUAAUGGUUGACCUUUUUCAGAAGCAUUUCUUAACAAUACCACAGAUAACAUGAGGUCAUAUACAGUAUAUGAGCAGCAGCUGCUAUCAUGGUGACCUGCCUGAAGUGUGAGUGACAGUAGGUGUUAGUAAGCGUAUAGUUUAUGUACGAUAUAUGUAUAUAGUGCUUUGUUAUUAUUCUUUCCAUGAAAGAGCUAAAAUAGCCCCAAAGCGUGUUAUCUUUGCUUUAACUGUGAACACUAUGAUCAAUAAUUGUUUCAUUUACUCCCUCCACCCCUUCUUUUGACCAGUUCACUGUUAAAUUUGUGUAAUCCAACUCAAUAAACAUGCCUUGGUACAUCU